CACGUCACGGACAGACUGUAGGAAAGUAUGUCGGCAUCCGGCAGAAAGCGACGUUGCAGCAGCGGCACGAAAACGGUCCUUCGCUCGUUUUGGUGAAGAUUCGCUUCUGAAAUACAUAGACAACGCCGGUUGGCUCGGUGGAAGGAAAGAUUUCUUUCCGAUCUCCUACAUGAUGUCAAAAACAGAAGACGCGUACAUCUGCGGAAAGAUAAGGACACAACUACACCAAUGAAAGACUUUCAGUUUUCAGAACUGACACCUAGUUGUCCUCUGCAGAGAAGAGGAUGAAACAUCCCUUCCUCAGCCAGCAGCAUGAGCAUUCAUACCAUAGGGGAUGCUGUCAUGAAUUUCCUGGGAUCGGGUUUAAUGGCACACAUGAGCAGUAGAUUGCAUAGUCGACACUGCCUGUCAUUGGAGCCCCUCCAGUCUGGGCGUAUCGGCUCUCUUCUGCAGACUAUGGUGCCCACAGGUUACACGCAGCUGCAGGAGGAACGAGUGGCUUUGAGCGACAUAGGAGGGAAGCAAGAGAGCUCAAUGAAUGGGUUCCACACUGACCCAUCCCAUCUGGAUGGCCGGUGGCACACAGACAGAGGGACACGGGCUUCCGUUGGCCUCUCCGAUAAUGGAGACUGCCACUGCUCAGAGAUGGCACCGAUGCUGGGUGAUAGCCAUCUCUCUGAAGAUGAUGAGGAGGAUGUGGAGCAAGAGGAAGAGGAGCACAGCACAAUCACCAGAAGGAUGCCCAAGGAGUCACCCCUGGCAAUGGCACUUCAGAUUCUACUACCUUUCCUACUAGCUGGGUUUGGCACUGUGUCAGCUGGCAUGGUGCUGGACGUAGUGCAGCACUGGGAGGCCUUCCAGAACAUAACAGAGAUCUUCAUCUUGGUACCAGCUCUCUUGGGCCUCAAAGGGAACUUGGAGAUGACUCUAGCCUCCAGACUGUCAACAGCAGUCAAUGUUGGAAAAAUGGACUCUCCAAUUGAAAAAUGGAACUUGAUUAUUGGGAACCUUGCGCUGAAGCAGGUGCAGGCCACAGUGGUGGGAUUCCUGGCUGCGUUGGCGGCUGUGGUUCUGGGCUGGAUCCCAGAGGGCAAAUUCCAGCUGAGCCAUGCGAUAUUGCUUUGUUCCAGCAGUGUUGCCACUGCCUUCAUUGCUUCGCUGCUCCAAGGUAUCAUUAUGGUAGGUGUGAUAGUAGGCUCCAAGAAGACAGGCAUAAACCCAGACAAUGUAGCAACACCCAUUGCUGCCAGCUUUGGGGACCUCAUCACCCUGGCCAUCCUGGCCUUCAUCAGCCAGGGCUUGUACAACUGCUUGGAUUCCCAUCCCUACGUGGCCGCUGUAGUGUGUGUGUUCUUCCUGGCGCUGACACCGGUGUGGAUUGUCAUCUCCUCCAAGCACCCAGCUAGUCGUACAUUGCUGUACUCUGGCUGGGAACCAGUCAUUACAGCCAUGGUCAUCAGCAGUGUUGGAGGACUCAUCCUGGACAAAACUGUGUCAGAUCCAAACUUGGCCGGGAUAGUGGUCUACACCCCAGUAAUUAACGGUAUUGGUGGGAAUCUGGUAGCCAUCCAGUCCAGUCGAAUCUCCACCCACCUGCAUUUCCAUUGCGCACCUGGUGAGAUUCCUGAAGAGGCCCAGGGCUGCUACUAUCCCUGUCGCACUUUCUGUGGCUCAGGUGCCAAUCACCGCUCAGCACAGGUGCUGCUCCUGUUGGUGAUCCCUGGUCAUCUAAUCUUUCUGUAUACAAUACACCUGAUGAAGAGUGGUCAUACCACCCUAACACCAAUCUUCAUGAGUGUCUAUCUGGCUGCUGCCCUGCUGCAGGUGGUCACCUUGCUGUGCAUCGCAGACUGCAUGGUGCAUUCCAUAUGGCGAAAUGGGAAGGACCCGGACAGCUUCUCCAUCCCAUACCUGACAGCCUUGGGGGAUUUCUUGGGCACUGCCCUCCUAGCACUCGGCUUUCACUUCCUGUGGGUCAUCGGUGACCAGGAUAGUGAUGUUGGCGACUGACCGCUCAUGGGCCCUUGCUUGGUGUACUAUGGUGUGGUGCUACUGUGCUUCUAUGAAUACUGACUGGAUUCUUGCUUUGCUUUGCUUAUUGGACAGUUCCCUCUCUGGGUGACAGCAACACCCUGUAGCUCUGCCAAUGAAAAGAAGUCUGUUCUGGAAGUGACAUAAGUCAGUUUCAAAAAUACAUUUAUCUUUAAUGUAAAAUUUUAGUUGAUGACCAAAAACAGUAUGGCUUGAUGAUGGUAUUUCUACUUUACUGUUCAAACAAGCAAGAUAGGUCUGGGUUCUUCUAUAUAAGGAGCUAUGGUCUAGCAGCUUCUCCAGGUCUCUACAAGCUAGUGAGUCCAUGAGAUUUUCUGUAAGACAAGUAAAUACAGCAGCUGAAUGCUGUUCAUCAGUGCCUGGGUAGAACAAGUGCCUGUUGAGGCUGUGUCUCCAUAGGAGCAAAAUUUUAGGAUAUAUGUAUAGAGACAAUUACAAGUUUAGGAGAACAGCUGCAAUAUAAUUCUCCUGGAGAGUGUAAAGCUAGUUGAUCCCUUCCUGAUAUUUAUACAUGAACAUGCUGACAAUUUUCAGGUGAUAAAAUUAUAGAUUUUACAAAGUGUAAAUGUAUAAACUGUUUUCUGCCAUAUACCUGUUUAUAAAUGCGAGCUAUGUAAACCAGCUGUAUAAGGCCCUUCUCCUCAGUUCCAUAAGAUCUUCUGUUUUACACUAGUUAUUCCCAGAUGCAAGUUUGGUAAACCAGUUGCUUAAAAGUCUCAUUGUUCUGGAUCAAAAUUCUUUUCAGUUUGUCAAUGUUACCAGCCACUGUUACAUCACAAGAGUCAUUUGGAUGUUGUUUACAGACAUGUUAGUGCCUGAUGACAUUUAGUAGUAUGUUAACUGUAAUGGAUGUAUAUUUUUAGCAUCCAUGUUAUUCAUGAUUUAUUAAAAGAAGUCUUUUUUAAUUACAUUACAUUUUCUGACAAUGAAAGCACUCUGCCAUUUUUCCUUAUAAAGUUA